AAGCACAGAAACACUAUUGCUUUCUGAUACCAAACUCUCGUCUAUUCCAGCGAAUUCUUUUGCCAGCAUGGUCAACAUCUCAGGGAUUAUCAUUGCCGAGCCCUAAUUAAACCUAUAGAAGGUUUCCUUCAGUAGGAAUGUUGGCCCUUAGACCGCAGCAGGCUCGGACAUUCACUGGGGAGGAGCUUUGAGUGUGUGUUGGACUCCCAGUAGGGGGGGAGACUUUCUGUUGAAGUAAGACGUAACAUUUCAGUGCCCUCGAGUCUUGCUCUUCAGCUGCCUGGUGCAUGUCCAAGAUCCGCAUGAGGGGAGAUGGGACUUGGAUGAGAAGUUUUCUGUGAGCCUCAAGUGUCUCUAGCUAAGGUUCCUACUGAAGAAAGGAAACUUAAGGGGCCAGUGUUAGUUGUGCAAAACACCUGGAUGGACCUAGCCCCGCCUUCAAGACGUAGCUCAUCCUCAAACCUGCAGUUUCCGAGCUUCCGCUUCCCAGAGCAGCUCCCCCCCACAACUCUCUUGCUCAGCUCCUUCGGACUAGCCAGCAGCAAUUAGCAAACACCUGAUACAUCUACGUGGAUAAGAAGCUGCAGCGGCUGGAGAGACACUCGUUUUACAACCUGAGGAAAAUCACCCACAUAGAAAUUCGGAACACAAAAAUGUUGACGUAUGUCGAUCCAGAAGCCUUUAAGCAUCUCCCGAACCUCAAGUACCUGGGGAUUCUGAAUACUGGCCUGACUUUCUUCCCUGCUUUAAACAACAUCCACUCAAACGACAUGAACUUCAUACUGGAAAUUGUUAAUCAUCCCUCCAUUACCGAGAUCCCCGCCAACUCAUUCCAGGGCAUCACCAGCGAGUUUCUGACAGUAAUGCUGUACGGAAAUGGCUUCAGAGAGAUACGGCAUCACGCUUUUAACGGGACAAAGCUGGAUCAAGUCGACCUACACAGAAACAUGUUUUUGACCAGGAUGGACGGCCGGGCUUUUGUAGGAACCAUCAGUGGCCCAACACUUCUAGACGUCUCCCAGACAAGAAUCACAUCGCUGCCCUCCACAGGCAUGGGCUCCCUGCGGAAACUGAAGGCGCGCGACACCUGGUCCCUCAAGAAGCUGCCGCCCAUCAAGGCCUUCAAGCACCUCACCACGGCUGAUCUCACCUACCCGAGCCACUGCUGCGGUUUCAAAAACCUCAAAAAGAAACGAGGAUUUUUGGAGUACAUCAUCUGUAACCUAACCGCUUUCUAUGACCACUACCACAAGCGCUCUGUGGGACCCCUUGACACGCCAACACUUCAAGUAGAUGGAGCGGUGGAAACGCUUCCGGAGCAUGAGCAGAGAAACGGAGGUCACGAAGAGCUGCAGGAGGACUGGAGAAAAGGAGACUUCCACGGCAACCUUUACUACCAUGCCUACUUUGGAGGCCAGCAAGACGAGGAAGUUGGCUUCGGAGAGACCCUCAAGAACCCCCAAGAGGACAACAGUCAAGACUUUGACAGUCGUUAUGAUUAUGUGGUGUGCGAGGAAGGAGGGGAAGUGGAGUGUGCACCGGUGCCUGAUGAGUUCAAUCCCUGUGAGGACAUUAUGGGCUUCAGCUUCCUUCGGGUGUCCGUGUGGUUUGUGAGCUUGCUGGCUGUUUUGGGGAAUGUGGUGGUGCUCCUGGUGCUGCUCACCAGCCACUACAAGCUCUCGGUCUCUCGCUUCCUCAUGUGCCACCUGGCCUUCGCCGAUCUUUGCAUGGGGAUUUACCUGCUGCUCAUCGCCUCUGUGGACCUCUACACCCGCUCUGAGUACUUCAACCACGCCAUCGACUGGCAGACAGGCCCCGGUUGCGGACUCGCCGGGUUCUUCACAGUCUUCGCCAGCGAGCUGUCCGUUUACACCCUGACAGUGAUUACUCUAGAAAGGUGGUACGCCAUCACCUUCGCCAUGCGGCUGGACCGCAAACUCCGUCUGCAUCACGCAGCGGCCGUAAUGGUGGCUGGCUGGGUCCUCUGCCUCCUUCUUGCUCUACUGCCACUGGUUGGCGUGAGCAGUUACCAGAAGGUCAGCAUCUGCCUCCCAAUGGACACUCAGUCCACCGCAGCUCAGGUCUAUGUCUUGCUGGUGUUGGUCCUAAACAUUCUGGCUUUUUUUGUCAUCUGUGCCUGCUACUUUAAGAUCUACUGUACAGUCCACAACCCGCAGUACCACUCUGGAUCCAAGGACACCAACAUUGCCAAGCGCAUGGCUAUCCUCAUCUUCACUGACUUCUUAUGCAUGGCUCCCAUUUCCUUCUACGCCAUGUCGGCUGCUCUGAACCAACCUCUCAUCACCGUUUCCAACUCCAAGAUCUUAUUGGUGCUCUUUUACCCGCUCAACUCCUGUGCCAAUCCAUUCUUGUAUGCCAUAUUCACAAAGGCCUUCAGAGGGGACAUAUUCAUUCUCCUCAGCAAGGUAGGACUGUGUCAGCAGCAGGCACAGCUGUUUAGAGGCCAGACCGUCUCAUCAAAAGGCAGUGGGAAUUCUCUGGUGCGGAGGGAAAAGGUUAGGAAAGGCGGAAGCCUUGGGCAAGAAGAAGUACCCAUCAACCUGAAGAGCCUUUCCAGACAAACCUAUCACCCAGGAAUCAAACCUGACGAUAACCAAGACCUGGACACGUGAGCUGACCAUCAGCUUCAGGAAGAAAAGCCAAGAAAGGUUCAUUUUGAUGAAGCCUUGAAAUAAUUCUGGACAGAUCUGUUAAAGUAUUAAACAGAGAGCUCCGUAAACUGUGUUGGCUUUAUUUUUCAGACCCUGUUUAUGGAAUUUCAAUCACUAUGAAUUUAAUUAAUGCAAUCCAAGUUGUAGUCCCCUGUAUUUUAAUAGUAGUUGUAGAACACCCCUGAAAGUAUUUACUAAGUAAAAUAGAAAAGCAUAGACAAAAGUUUCUCUCUUCUAUAUUUAGCAUAGGUUAGACAUUACAAAUAUAUCACAUUAAUUUGAGCUAUUUGAAAUCCAUUAUUUGAACGUAUAUCAUCUUCAACUGCAUGCUGGCUCAGUGCCGAUCAACUAUGGAAACUUCACACAUACACCACUGAUUUAAAGUAUGGAAAAAUAGUUUCAUUUACCAUUACUCACAACUCUGUAGAUUAUGAAAAACAAUACAACAGCGACAGAAAAAUAUAUGGAUUUUGUCCAUAUUUUACCAUAUGCUUCUUCUGGGAAAUUGAGUCUGUACUUUAGUUUGAUGUUUUAUAGCAGAUACAAGUAUU